UCCAAACCACCACAACUAAAACUAAUGAAAGCACAAAUGUUUUGUUUUAAUUAAUGAAACUAUAAGAGUACGUAAAGAAGAAGGAUCAUGGUAUUGGUUGAAAUGCAUGCGAAGACAGACUCGGAGGACGCGUCGUCGAGCACUCGGUCCCCUCGGCGAGCGGUGUACUACGUGCAAAGCCCCUCCCACGAUGGGGAGAAAACGACGACGUCCUUGCACUCCACCCCCGUCCUCAGCCCCAUGGGUUCCCCUCCCCACUCCCACUCCUCCUCCAGCCGCUUCUCCGCUUCUCGCAAAAUCAACAUCAACAACAACCGCUCCCAUAACCAUAACAAACCUUGGAAGGACAUCGACGUCAUCGAAGAAGAGGCUCUUCUCCAAAUCCAAACCCAACACCGCCACCGCUCCCUCACUCGCCGAUACUAUUUCCUCGCCUUCCUUCUCGCCUUCUUCCUUCUCUUCUCCUUCUUCUCUCUCAUCCUCUGGGCCGCUAGCAGACCCAUGAAGCCCACUGUCCUCAUCAAGACCAUCAAAUUCGACCAUCUCAGAGUCCAAGCUGGUUCUGAUUCCACCGGAGUAGCCACCGACAUGAUCACCAUGAACUCCACCGUCAAAUUCACGUAUCGCAACACGGGCACAUUCUUCGGGGUCCAUGUCACAUCGACACCUUUCGAUCUCUCCUAUUCAGAAAUCGUAAUUGCCACAGGAAAUUUGAACAAGUUUUAUCAGUCAAGGAAGAGUUCGAGAUUGGUGAGUGUGGCAGUGAUGGGGAACAAGAUCCCUUUGUAUGGAAGUGGAGCUAGUUUGAGUAGCACAACGGGGAUGCCAACGGUGCCCGUGCCUUUGAAAUUGAGCUUUGUGAUUCGAUCUAGGGCUUACGUGCUUGGGAGAUUGGUGAAGCCCAAGUACUACAAGAGGGUUGAAUGUUCCAUCAAUUUGGAUCCCAAGAAGAUCAAUGUUCCAGUUUCUCUCAAGAAAUCUUGCACGUAUGAUUCAUAAUUGAUUGCAGCACAUGGGAUAUUUAAAUAAAAGUUUAUGAUUCGUUGCUUUUGUCUUUUGGCUGAAGAAACUAGUGUGGAUACAGCUCAGAGGCCAGAGGGCAGAGGGCAGGAUUGGAAGGACGCCUUCUUAAUUUUGGCUGCACCGAAUACCCAACAUAAUUUAAGACACGUUCGGUUUCUUUUUCUUUUUCUUUUUUUUUUUUGAAUAAUUUUGUCCCAUAAUGUAAAAGAAGAAAUAAUGUUACGUAUGUAGUUUGAUUUUUCAGGUAAUUAUACCCGACGACAAUUUUGACCAUUUCUUUUUGCCCAUUAGUUUGUGAUCUCUUGUUGGCUAAGUUCCAUAACCUCGAUUUAUUAAAGGACAAUUUGCUUGUCUAUGUUAGUCGACAAUCAAACCAUUUGGCUGACUCCUUUGCCAAAUUUGGCCUGUCUUUUAGUACA